CGUUGUUUCGCGGGGAUUAUGCUACUAUUCUCGGGUUUGAAAGGGAGAGAGCAGCGCGGCACUAGAGAAGCCGGAGGUUAAUCACGUUUUCAGCACCGAGACAGCUCCUUGUGGAAGAGGUCUAUAUUCGGCAGCAAGGAGUCCCUUCUGCGAUCGCGGGGGAAGCCCUCAACCCUCACUAGCACAUUUGGAGCGGUGUAGCCAACAACACACACAAUGUCCUGACCUUUCUACCUCCACUCUCCAACGAUGCCGGUUAUUUGGUGGUCAGUCAGGGACACUUAAUAUAAUCUUGCUGAACGACGAUGGUGCUUGCAUUUCGGCUCCAGUCUUUUCGUUUUGCACAGGAUUCUAAGCAGCAGCAGCAGGGGUGCUUGUCCAAUGUAAAAGUGCUAAGGAAGGCAGCAGCCUACACAUCGCCACGAGCUUGGAGCACGAGCCUCACUCACGCUGAUCAUCACAGAGGGAGACAUCACGAGCACGCGGCCAACGGGAGGCUCGAUUAGACUGUCAACAAUGUAAAUCAAGACAGGUUCAACAUGAGUUCAGCAGAGUCUAUCUGGUGUGGUGAUCUCAGAAGCUAAGAGAGGCAUAGCCUGACUGAGAACUGAGUGAAGAUCAUAGCCUCCUCCUCUUCCUCUCUCCAUCACCAUCCACCAACAUGGCUAACCCUCAUGACGUGGUGGAGCAGCAGGCUGGAGGCCUAUCAGACCUGGAGAUCAUCUCCCAGCCAGACCCAGUGGAGGAGCAUGGUGUGCAGGAGAUGGACCCUUCCUGCACGCCUCCUGUCCAGCUGGUCAGCUUCGGCUACAGGGACCUUCCUCUGGCCCACCUGGACCUCUCCCUGGCCGGAUCACAGCUCCUCUCUAACCUGGAUGAGGACGACAACAGGGAAGGGUCUAACUGGUUGAAGCCGUGCUGUGGGCGGAGGAUAGCCCCGUGGCAGGUGUGUCUGCUCAGUGCAGGCUUCAACUGUUUCCUGGUGGCCCUGGUCAUCCUGGUGGUGGUCUUCUUGACCCUGGAACUCCUCAUAGACACCAAGCAUCUACAAUUUGCCAAUGCUAUUCAAUUUGCCAGCGUCAUCCAUUGGAUCAGCCUUGCCAUCCUUUCACUCUUCUUCACUGAGACAGUCUUCAGGAUUGUAGUCCUUGGGAUUUGGGACUACAUUGAGAACAAAGUAGAGGUGUUUGACGGGGCAGUCAUCGUGUUGUCCCUGGCCCCUAUGGUAGCCUCCACGGUAGCCAACGGCCCCAGCAGUCCCUGGGACGCCAUCAGCCUCAUCAUCACCCUGCGCAUCUGGAGAGUCAAGAGAAUCAUCGACGCCUAUGUGUUGCAGGUGAAGGUGGAGAUGGAGCUGGAGAUCCUGCAGUGUGAGAAGAUCAAGGCUGUCAGGGAGGAGCAGCUGGAACGACUCACACAGAUCUGCCAGGAGCAGGCAUUUGAGAUCAGACAGCUCCGGGCCCACCUGGCCCAGCAGGACUUGGACCUGGCUGCAGAGCAGGAGGCUGCUAUGCAGAUCCACCAUGUGUGGAGCAAGCAGAGGAGCAGCUACCAGGUGGUGGAGAGCCAGGGCCCUGGGGAGUCUGACGAUGAGAGACAUGGAGUCCUCAGGGAGACCCCAGCAGAUCCUGUUGUCCAUCAUGACGACAUGAACAACUAUAUCAGCCAGUACUACAAUGAACAGAGUACUGACAUGGGGGGUCCUCGUGUCAUCACCACGUCAGCCAUCGAUGUCCACCUCCCCACGACCCAUUACCCCGCCCACAACAACCCUCUGCUGGGCGUGGAGCAAAUGAGUAGAGCUGUGAGUGACACUUCCACCAGCGUAUCACUGUCCAGUGGCAGUCUGACGGCCCGCCCCCAUAGCCUGAGCAGCCACACCCUGCGCUCGUCUACUACGGACUGCAGCAGCAACGCCACGGCCAGGGACUACCACACCCAGGCUAGGAACUACAAUGGCCAGCGCUGCUUCCCCCUGCCCUACUGCAGCCCUCUGGGCCUGGGUCUGCCUCCCCUUCCACAGGACCCCAGCGUGGUAGUCCAGGAGCUGCUUUCCUCCCUGUCUGAGGAUUCCUGUCUGGCCCAGAAAGGCCUGGUGGACCCAGUUAACCUGAAGCUUCCCAGUCCUGCCACCUCAGCCAAGGCCAGCCCAGAGCUGGAGCACAGAAUCAACAUCUACAACUGGAAGAAUCAGGAGGAGAACCAGUACCAGAGCCGGGGCCAGAGACAGGGCCGAGCCGCAGCCACUGUGCUCCUACAGACUAAGCCUCUCAUCCACCUGCAGGGCGGCACUCCUGAGUCCUCUUUGGAGGAGAAGUAUAGGCUACUGGGCCCUGCUGAUGGUCCACUGGGCCGUCUGCCUGACACAUAGGGUUGAUUCACACCACUGAGCUGAGCCAAGCCGAACCGAGCUGCAUUGUGCUGGCCUGGUUAUGCAUCCACCAUAGUUGUUUGAACCGUGCUGGAAAGGACAUGUGAAAAGAAUAUGUCAGAGUCAGCACUGGUUGGCUCGGGUCGGCACAACAGUGUCAAAAGGGCAAUAGGCCAUCCCAGAGGACAAAGCAUACAGCUCAAGACAGAACUGACUGACCUGGCUUCUCCAAAUCCUCAUGCUUCAAACAAAGUCAGAGCCUGGUCCAAGAUCAAACCUGGCGUUACAAAGACCAUCUGUUAGCAAGACAGCACAAACACAUCUGGGGCUAGGCUACCGCUCUCAUGUUAGUCUUCCCUUCUCAGUGGGGCUCCGGACAGAGACAGACAGAUCUGGGCCUAGGCUA